GACCUGGGAGCGGGGCGGGGAAAGAAGAGAGAGAGGCGGGGAGAGCAGUGUGCACAGGCUUAUAAAAAGCUGCUGCUGCAGCUCGGAGAGCAGAGCAGUUGCGCUGGAGAGAAUCUGAGGCUCAGGAUUCUGCCUCCCUGUCUGUCGGUCGGUCGGUCGGUGUGUGUGUCUGUGUGUGUGUGUGUGUGUGUGUGUGUGUGUGUGUGUGUGUGCUCGUGCCUGAGUUUCUCCACCAAGGAUCUGAACCACGCAGUGGGACCAGGAGCACCCGGCCGGCUGCUGCUGUCUCGUUGGGGAAGGGAGAGUCCCGGCUGUACUUGAGCAGCCAAUUGAUCGGCCUCUAAUGCACUAUUUCAGGCUCAGCUUUAAGUGCUUUGUGGAUUGUUUCUGAGCUCCCCGCAACCCCCCCCCCCGCCACCUCCCACCGCCGCCCCCACCCCUCAGCCCUUCGGCCAGCUGCUCGAUCAUAAAACCCGAGUGGAAAUUUUGGAAGCCUUUGCUGGCUCAACGGGCGACUCCAACGCCCGCCCCCCCCACCUCCACCCGUUCUCUCUCCGGGUCUACGCUCGGCCACUGGACUUACGCUGCCCGUCGGCUAAAGAGGGACGGAGGGGUCGAGGGGCAUGAACGCCAAGGUGGUGGGGAAGGGGCAGCGCCUUGGGGACAGGCAGCUGUGGCAGCAGAACGGGAGGCACGUCUCGGGCAGCGGGAAGAGCCAGCCGGGGUCCCUCUGCCGGGGAGACCCCCAGUCGGGGGUGCUCGACACCCCCCCGCGGCCGGCACAGAAGGCGCCGCAGCGAGCGACGUGGACCAACCAGAUGGACUUCAUCAUGUCGUGCGUGGGUUUCGCCGUCGGGCUGGGCAACGUCUGGCGGUUUCCUUACCUCUGCUACAAGAACGGGGGAGGCGUUUUCCUUAUUCCCUACAUCCUGGUUGCACUGACAGGGGGAAUUCCCAUCUUCUUCUUGGAAAUCUCGCUCGGACAAUUCAUGAAAGCCGGAGGGAUUAAUGUCUGGAACAUUGCUCCUCUUUUCAAAGGUCUUGGCUAUGCCUCCAUGGUCAUCGUCUUCUUCUGCAACACUUACUACAUCAUGGUGCUCACGUGGGGCGCCUAUUACUUGGGCCACUCUUUCAGCGCCACCUUGCCUUGGGCGACCUGCAACAACACCUGGAACACCCUCACCUGCAGCGACAGCUUCGGCCCGUCCGCCUGUGCCAACGGGACCGCCAGCGUCGCCGACGCAGCGUGCCAGCACCCUGUCGAGAUGCAGUCGCCCAUCGUCGAGUUUUGGGAGAGGAAGGUGCUAAAUCUCUCGAUGGGGCUGGACGAGGUGGGGGAAAUGAGCUGGGAGCUGGCCCUCUCCCUGAUGGCGACAUGGCUCGUGGUCUACUUCUGUGUCUGGAAGGGGGUGAAGACAACUGGCAAGGUUGUUUAUUUCACGGCCACCUUCCCCUACAUCAUCCUGAUCAUCCUGCUCGUGCGUGGUGUCACUCUCCCAGGGGCUGUCCAGGGCAUUAUCUACUACUUGAAGCCGGAGUGGUCGAAGCUGGGUGAAGCACAGGUCUGGAUCGACGCCGGCACGCAGAUUUUCUUCUCCUACGCCAUCGGCCUUGGCGCCCUCACCGCGUUGGGCAGCUACAAUCAGUUCAACAACGAUUGUUACAAAGAUGCCUUCAUACUGGCGUUGGUGAACAGUGGGACCAGUUUCUUUGCCGGAUUUGUUGUCUUCUCUAUCUUGGGGUUCAUGGCUCAAGAACGGGGAGUGGACAUCUCUGAGGUGGCAGAUUCAGGACCCGGCCUGGCCUUCAUCGCCUACCCGAAGGCCGUGACCCUGAUGCCGUUCCCGCAAGUGUGGGCUGCCUUAUUCUUCAUCAUGCUCCUGCUCCUGGGACUGGGGAGUCAGUUUGUCGGAGUUGAGGGAUUCGUCACCGGGAUUCUGGACCUCCUCCCCUCCAAGUACUACUUCCGGUAUCAGCGGGAGGUCGCAGUGGCUGUCUGCAUAGGCCUCAGCUUCGUCAUCGACCUCACCAUGGUGACACAGGGUGGGAUGUACAUCUUCCAGCUCUUCGACUAUUAUUCAGCGAGUGGGAUGACCUUGCUUUGGCAAGCUUUCUGGGAGUGCAUCGUUGUGGCUUGGGUAUAUGGGGCAGACCGGUUUAUGGAUGACAUCGCUUGCAUGGUGGGCUAUCGACCUCUCCCUUGGAUGAAGUGGUGCUGGAGCUAUGUAACGCCGCUGGUCUGCUUGGGAAUCUUCCUCUUCCACCUCAUCAACUACAAGCCCCUGACGUACAACAAGGUCUACACUUACCCCUGGUGGGGUGAAGCCCUGGGCUGGUGCCUCGCCCUCGCCUCCAUGCUCUGCAUCCCAACCACCAUCCUCUACAAGCUUUCCAGGGGCAAGGGGACCCUGGCACAGCGAUGGCACCAUCUGACAACACCUGUCUGGUCUUCCCACCAUCUGCAGUACAGAGGGAUGACUGUAGACUCCGGAAGUCCCUUGCCUGUGGGGAGCUCCACAGAGGAGAAAAUUGUGAUAUAUGAGAGUGUGAUGUGAGGGUUCGAGAGGCGAGAGAACAGCUGAUUUUUUUGUUCCACUAAUGCAUUUUUGAAAGCGCGCAGAUUGGCACAGUUCACAUUGGCAGUUUAUAACGCAGAACCCAAGCUCACCCCUUUAAAUGCACUUUAUGGUCAGGCUAGUUUUCUAUAAUUAACUAUGUAAUCUGGUAAAUCUGUAGCGAGGAAGGGAGACAUUGGGGAGGCGCGUUGGGGGUGCAGAGGCUUUGUACUUGCCCUGGACAGUGUAGAGGGAGCUUUACUCUGUAUCUAACCCCGUGCUGUACCUGUCCUGGGAAUGUUUGAUGUGUAUGGUGUAGAGGCAGCUUUACUCUGUAUCUAACCCCAUGCUGUACCUGUGCUGGGA